AGAAACUCAGCUCAAGAUAUUUGUCUUUCUGAUAUUUUGCUUGCCAUUUUCAUCAAUAAAGUAAAGCGAAAAUCCACGGAACUCAAAGUCAAAAACAACAGAAACUCCUGACUAUAAGUCUCCAUUCCUUUUGCUCAAUUUCUAAGGGACAGUUCACCAAUCGAAGCAGAAAAAGUUUGAGGUUGUAAAGAUGGAAGGAGUGAACAUGAAAAAAAGAGUGGGCAAGAUUGUGGUAGCAGUGGAUGAGAGUGAGGAGAGCAUGUACGCACUCUCAUGGUGUCUCCAUAACCUAUUUUCUCAAGGUAGCAAUAGCACUCUUGUCCUCCUCUACGUCAAACCUCCACCUCCUGUUUACUGUUCCUUCGACGCUGCAGGGUAUAUGUUCUCUGACGAUGUGGUAAAGGCCAUGGAAAAAUACGGAAGUGAGAUGGUGAAUUCAGUGAUGCAACGAGCUGAAGUCGUGUGUGGAAAAUUCGGAAGCAAUAUAAAUGUAGAGAGAGUAGUUGGGUGUGGAGAAGCCAAGGAUGUGAUAUGUAGUAUAGUGGAUAAACUCAAAGCUGACACUUUGAUCAUGGGGAGCCACGGUUAUGGCUUCAUCAAGAGGGCUCUUCUGGGAAGUGUGAGUGAUUAUUGUGCGAAGCAUGUCAAGUGUCCAGUGGUAAUCGUGAAGCAAAGUGAGGAGAUAUGAAACCAGUUUCUAUUCCUUAAAUACACUCAAUGAUUCUAGCUUUCCACAAGCACCAUGUAUAUGUAUAGAUGUGGGUGAUCUGCCGCCGCUUACAUAGAUGGGAUAUUUGCUUGUUCUGGUGUGAUUCCAUUUGUAAAUCAAAUUGUGUUGUACGGUGAUGAUGUAUGUACUUUUGUCUAAAACAUAAGGAGGUAAUUCGUUAUCCGA